AUGAACGAACACUUGUCACCACUUCCAGUUCCAAACUAUUCCUUCAAGGAUCGUGAGAGUAGAAGAGACAAAUACAGAAGACUUCGCUCACGAGGAAAAGAUGUCCCACAUGCUGAUUUUAUUCGUGGAUUUGGGUUGUCAUCACCAAUUUCUACAGCUUCAUUUAUUUCAACAUCUGAAUAUGAUGAAAACGAAAAUUACACUGCUAGAAAGAUCUAUGGUAGUGCCGAGAAUGUAAAGGGGAACAAUUAUGAAGAUCUGGAUAGUUUCUGGGAUGUUUCUAUGACUGGUAUUCAUGUCCGUAGUAAGUCACAGCCAAGGUCUGCACCGGGAUCUAAUUCUCUCCAGAGGAAACAACAACAGACAGAGAAACAAGUGCCAAGGAGACAUACUCUUGGAGGGUCAGCCUUCCGACCUCCAGAGGACGUUCCUGUUAAUGUAAAUGGUAAUCAAGAUGACUCUAGGAAGAGAGAGCAAUUUAUGGACAUGUUGGCUAAAAGAUAUCCAAAGUAUGCUGAAAAAAUAAGUGGAACUUCAAGUGAAGAUGGAUACCCCAUCAGACCACAUGCUCGUAGACCCAGAGAUCCCCAUAGAAGGGCUACGGUAGUGACCUAUAACCCAGCCAAUGUGAGAGAUUAUGAAGAUUUCGAGACUAUGUCUAAUGUGGAAGGACCUGUCAGCUUUCAGAGAGGGAGUUUCAUGAGGAAUAGUUUACCUAUUGUUCGUUCUCCACCCAACACUUAUGAUAGAGCUAUGGGUAUGGUUUUCUUGGUAUAUCAAGAUGAAACAAAGAAAUCUGAUCUUCCUAAUGAAAUUACACACUUAGAUACUGUCAGAGCCUUGUUUGUAAGAUCCUUCCAAGAGAAACUCAAUAUGGAGUAUUUGUCAUCUCCUAGGAGAAAAAUCUACAUCUUAGACCCACGGACCAGUAUUUACUAUCAACUGGAUGAUUUGAGAGAUAUUAAGGACAGAACAGUGUUAAAGUUAUUGGAGAGUGAUAGUGAUAAUCCACAGAAAGUAAGAGAAGUACCUCCAGAGAAACGAGGGAAAAGAUCUGACCAGGGGAUAUAUGAAACACCAGCAACAGCAAUUACAGAUCAAGUAAGAAAAGCCCAGACCUUGCCUGCUUCCAUGUCACAUUCCUACCCUGUAUACAGAGAUCCUAUAUACGCCAGUGAUUAUGAUAUCUAUAGAUCUCCUACUCCAGACUUGACCAGAAGUGCCCCAUCACAUCAUCCACCUGUCAAUUAUGCACACAAUGCAUUGUAUGAUUCACCAGACCGUAUCCGAGGCGAUCGAAACACUCCUGAUAGACACAACCUUGGACCAAUCCCAGAAAAUAUACAAAUGCAGAAUGGUUAUGUACCGGUACCUCAAACUUACCAAGACCAUGAUGGUCGAGGCAGACCAACAUAUCGUCAGCAGGGUCCACAAAGAGGUCCAGAACAGCAUUAUAGGUCAGUGUCUCCACCAGUUCAAAGAAGCCAGCUACCUCCUGGUGAUCCUUUGAGGAGAACUAUGUCUCCUACACCAGCAACUGGUAUGCAGAUCUAUGACUACCUCCAUGGACCAGGUGGGGCAGGUGCCCCUGGUGCUCCACCCCAGACUUACAUUGCCAAAGGGGUCAGGGCCAAUACAAUGGUCUCCCCUUUAAGAGCUUCAGGUCCACCUCCUGAUACAAGACAUCAGCCAAAUCGUCACUCUUUAGCUUUCACACCAAUGUCACCAAGAUCAGCUGAUCAACCCGUCCAGAGAUCUCAGAGCUAUAGGGUAACUCCAGAGAGAGAACAAGUUCCUAUGGUCCCUCCUCAACCUCGCAGUAUUACACCCUCACCUACAACUGAUCCAGAAACCAGGGUAACUCCAGAGAGAGAACAAGUACCUAUGGUCCCUCCUCCACCUCACAGUAUUACAUCUUCACCUACAACUGAUCCAGAAACCAGGGUAACUCCAGAGAGAGAACAAGUACCUAUGGUCCCUCCCCCACCUCACAGUAUUACACCCUCACCUACAACUGAUCCAGAAACCAGGGUAACUCCAGAGAGAGAACAAGAACCUAUGGUCCCUCCUCCACCUCGCAGUAUUACACCCUCACCUACAACUGAUCCAGAAACCAGGGUAACUCCAGAGAGAGAACAAGAACCUAUGGUCCCUCCUCCACCUCGCAGUAUUACACCCUCACCUACAACUGAUCCAGAAACCAGGGUAACUCCAGAGAGAGAACAAGUACCUAUGGUCCCUCCCCCACCUCACAGUAUUACACCCUCACCUACAACUGAUCCAGAAACCAGGGUAACUCCAGAGAGAGAACAAGUACCUAUGGUCCCUCCUCCACCUCGCAGUAUUACACCCUCACCUACAACUGAUCCAGAAACCAGGGUAACUCCAGAGAGAGAACCUAUGGUCCCUCCCCCACCUCACAGUAUUACACCCUCACCUACAACUGAUCGAGAAACCAGGGUAACUCCAGAGAGAGAACCUAUGGUCCCUCCCCCACCUCACAGUAUUACACCCUCACCUACAACUGAUCCAGAAACCAGGGUAACUCCAGAGAGAGAACAAGUACCUAUGGUCCCUCCUCCACCUCGCAGUAUUACACCCUCACCUACAACUGAUCCAGAAACCAGAGUACGCAUGGAAAAAAUGGAAGUACAACUUGCAAAUUUAACAGCCUGGGUGCAAACAGCAGUAGUAACAGGAUCAAGUAGGGAAAGUAGUAUAAGAAGUGGGGCUAGUACAACACCAUCAGAUUUAGGAGACUCUAAGCCACCAAGUGUUGUAGGAAAAGAUGACACAGAGAAAGUCAAUGGUGAUAAAGGUAUAUCAGACAUAUCCUCCCAGUCAUCUCAUCAUACCGUUGUUACACAGAGUAUUAAAGAUGGCAUCCUUAAUGUUGCCAGGCAAACAUCAGAUUUGAAACUAGAUUUAAAACAUUUGCGAAGAAUUCAGCAACUUAAUAAUGAAUCUAUGACUGAUUCUAUCCAAGAAACUAUCAAAAAGAUUUCGAAGGUGCUAACAACAGUUCCUGGAGCUGAACACCAGGUUCUCCGUCAACAACGAUCAGAUAUAGACACACAAUGUAAACAUUACAAAGAUGACGGCAGUAAAGUGUUAAGAGAAUUGGGAGAUUUAGAAUCCUCAGUAGAAGAAAUGAGAGAGGAUGUGAUAUCCAGGCAAUGUCGAGUUAAUCUGGCUGAUGUCGAAGGAAUGGCUCUUGUUCUUAGUCAUGUCACCAAACAUCUUGGAGAACUUAGAUGUCGUUUCCCAGGAUUACAAGAUCAUAUGAAGAAAGUAAUGAGUGGUGAAAUGGAAGUGGUCAUCAAAGAAGAAAAAUUUUUGAAAGAUGAACCUGAUAGAAUUGAAGAAGCUUUAAAGAGAUGUAAAAGGUUAACUGGUACACUUUUCACAUUGAAAAGAUUGGCAUCGGCUCAGGAACAACGUCCAUUACAUGUACCAAGUGGUGACAGAGUAGGAGGUAGGAUAGCUACCCAUGGAGACAGACAGGAAUUGUUAGACAAUAUACAGGCUGUUGUUCCCGAUCAUCAAUCAAGACUACAAAGUAUAAAGGCUGCAGAUGCUUCAAGAGAAAGAAAAAAGAAGAUUAUUACUCAGCAGGAAGCAUUAAAAUUUGGAAAAUCAUUAGAAAAAGCAACAAAGGCAUUAAAAUCUGCUGCUGAGAAAGAAUAUGCUACUAAGCCAAAAUCUAAAGUUGACACAGGUUGUGCUAGUAAAGGACAUUGUGAAGGUCAGGACUCUAAGCCAGACCCCUCAUGUGUCGUCAAACCUCAAUCUACCUCACAAACUCCAUUAACAACGAAAUUCUCUGUUCCACUGACUAGUUCUACAACGGAAAAAAUAGUUCUGUCUAGUUCAACUAAAGGAAGUGAUGGAGCUACUCAGCGAAAACAAAUUGAUGAAAAAAUAGUAAGAACUACAAGUGAUACAAAGGUACCGCCUUCUUCAUUAUCUUCUACUGAAGAAGAAAAUAUUAAAAGGUCAGCUGCUAAAUUGUCCAUUCAGAAAAAUGCAGCACGAGCAGCUUUCUUUAGUUCUCUUACAACACCCCCUACUUCACCAUCAGAGGAAAAAAGGGGGGUAUCUCCUGAUUCAAGAGAUUCACCAACUCGAACGACAAUGGACUACACAGUUCGUAUUUCGCCAUGUCGUUCAACUGUUUCAGGAGCUACGAAGUAUAUUGUAAAGGAUAGUACUAACAUCAAAAGUAGUUCAUCAGCAACACGUCCUACAGCAAAAGUUUCAUUUUCAUCACCAUCGUCAUCAUCAUCAUCGAGUGAUUCUAGUCCUUCACCAAAUUCGCCUAUUUUAGUAAGUGCUAGAGCUUCAAAUAUUCCUAGGUUUUCUGCUAGGCCAGAAACUGAAUCUCGAGAAAAAUUUACAUAUCAAAAAGAGGCAACUGUGCAAAAACCUUCAAUUUUAAAAAGUUCUGGUACAAGAAGUGACCAAAACAAAUCAAAGGAGGUCACAUUGGCAGGAAGUGAGAAAAAUAUUUCUUUUGAAGAUAAACUAGGAGAAAAUUCAAGAUCAAGUGAAUCAAUUCUUAAAAGUAGUGAUCAAGAAAAAUCGAAGGAAAUUUCUCCCUCAAAAGUACAAACAGUGCCAAGAUCUCAGUCAGAAACAGUAUCAAGUCCAUCAAAUAAACCUGAUGUUCGACCAAAGAAAAUCCCUCCUCCGCCUCCUCCUAGACGGAGUAGUAAACUUGUUAGGAGUGGCCCUGGACUGAUGUCUCCAGUUGGUCAGGAUGAAAGUAAAUCUGACAUUCAUGAUUCAAUCAUCGUAGCGGGAAAUAACGAUGGUACAGUGAAAUCUGCAACUACUUGUACUUCUACACCAAAACCUGCUAUUCCUCAGAAACCUUCUAGAAUUACUCGCGAUCGAAUAUUAUCUGAUCAGUCUAAACAGGCAACAGAAAAAAAUACAAAUUUAAACGGUGCAGCCAUUAAACCUAAAUCAUUUGUUGAUGUGAAAAAAGAUUCCGAUGAGUUAGGACAUGAAGAUCGUGAAGGCAGCAUAGAUAGCAGUGCUAGUUCUAGUAGUAGUGAGUCACAACAAAGUGUUGUAGAAAAAGACAGAUCUACAGCUACAACACCAAACGGGGGACCCUCAACCAGGAAACCGAAACCUCCACCACCCGUUAGAAAAUCUAGUCUAGCUGAUAGUUUUGAAGAAAAAUCAAACAGUGGUAAAACUGAUGAUGUAAAUAAAAGUUAAUGAUUGUAAUUAGUAUUACAUUAAAUUCAGGGCUUUGUUGAAAAUAUUUGUUUAUAUACAAAGGCUUAAAACAGAGUGUCAGCAUAUAUUGUCAUAUUAUUUUCUUUAAAUACUCUUACAGAAUUUUCUGUAUAAUUUGCCAUGUAUUGCUUUCACAUAAGCUUUUUCCUAAAAGUGGUUCAGAAUUCUGAUUUUCCCCUUAUUUUAAAUGUGACUAAAUUGAUUCAAAAUAUAGAACACUUUCAAAAGCUUAAAAUAGAGUAGCUUUAAUUUAUCAAUUUUUUGUUGUUGCUAUUGUUAUUUUAAGUUUGCUGGAAAAUUUUUGUAGAUAUUAGUGAAGAAUUGACUUAAGGAAUUAAUGGUUGUUUAAGUAUGGUAUCUCUUACAAUGUCUGUCUGUCUGUCAACAUCUUUGAUUAAGUAGGUCAAUACUGAACAGAUAAAAAAAGUUAUCAAUUUAUCAAAAUAAUGAAUUGGAUAUACAGUAUUUGGUGUAUAAGUUUUAAUUUCCUGGCAAAUAAAAUCUGUAUCUAUAUUUUGUAUGGAUUUAGACAAUGGAUGAAGUUAAAGGUCAAUCAGCAAUAGCAGUAUUCUGAGCUAAUGUCUAAAUUUCGAAAUCUUUGUUAAAAUCAAUUAUUGUUCGAUGUUUUUUUUUGGACAGCCAAAAUAGAAAAUUUAGUACCAUUAGCUGUUUUGAAGAUGAAAAUAUGCAAGGGCAUUCCUUAUCAGCUACUGUUUUUAUCAUACUGCCUUAGGUAUAGCUAUACAUGAACAUCUAGCAUUUUCAUAGACUUAUAACAGAACAAAUAGAUAUCAUGCAUCCAUCUUGUCGAUAUAUUUAAUGUUCAUAUGCUGUGCAUUUAUAUCAUAUUUUAACAUUUCACACUACAAGGAAAGGUAUUAAUGUUUUUACUUUUGAUACAUGUUAUGUUUAUUAAAGGUGCUUAUUUUGUGUAACUGGCAUGUUAUAUAUUUCUAUUUUUUCUUGUUAUGAAACCAGAAGGGUUGUGAACUAUUUAUUUAUACACAAAAGUUAGUGCAAUAUUGACUAUUGGGUUGUUUCCCCUUGUCAUAUACAUAAUGUUAAAUGUACCUUAUUGAAAAAAGGAAGACAUAGACUGUUGUAGGUGAAAAUUCACUCAAUUUUUUCAAUUUCAUUGUUUUUUGUAUAAAAUGUAAUCCACUUCUGUGGAUUGAUGAAAACUUUUGUUUUUUGUGGAUAUAUAUGAUUUUAUAGUAAAUUUGCAAUUCCUUGAAUAUUUGAAUUUGUGGUUUUCCUGUACCCUAAAAAAAAUGAUAUCCAACAAAUAAUGAAUCCACAGUAAUCUUUAGAUUUAAACAAAUCACUUAUUACAAAAUAAGCUACAUAAAAUUGAAAGUAUUUACUAUAACUUUAACAUUGUGAUCAGUCAUGCUAAUUUACUCAGUAUCUUUUUUGUUCCUUGGCUGUUAUGCUAAAAGGAAUACAUUAACAAAGUAAAAGGUACUGAAAGGGAAUUCUUUGGUCCUGUAAUUUUACUGUAUGAAUUAUUUGUUGGAAAACAUUCUCUGGUUGUUUGUCUCUAUUUUAAAUGCUUUUUAAGAAUAUUUGACUAUAUUUGCUUAAUUUUAGCUGAAAAACUAAUUUCAGAAAUGUUAUGGCUUAAAAAUUAACAUGGGUUGCUAAUUAUUUAUUUUUAGCAUGUAUGUUAAUAGGGAAAUAUUAUAAACAGAAAUAGAAAUAUUUUAUAACACUGCUUAUACAAUUUUUUUCCAUCUUUAUACAUGAAGCUAUAAAACUAAAAUAGUAAUUUGUUCUGAUGAAACUAUGGCCCUAAGACUUACAAAAAUCAUGGAAUUUUACUACUUGUGGAAUGAUUCCUUAUUGUCUUUUUAAAUUAUCUUAAAAUGUUGAGCAAUUUUUUGUGUAUGUUGUGUAAUGCUGCAUUUGUUCUUCUUUUGAGAAGUAUGGUCCUUGCUCUAUCUUGUCAUAUUUCUGUGGCAUUCUUUUUUAUUUAAUUUUUUAUUGGUAAGGAUAUGUUCCAAGUAAUUUAGAAAUAUUGAAAUCAAGGAGUUAACAUGACUUUAUCAUUAUUUGUCUGAUUUAAGCUUUUAUGUUUCGAUUUUUUUUCGAAAUUUACAUAUGCUAUCUCAAACGAAUUGUUCUUAAAAGUGUUAUUAUAUUUUAUGAGAUAUUACAAUAACAGGUUCACAUGCCAUGCUUGAGGUGGAUUACUAUGAAUAUCAAUAUGUCUUACAUAGUGCUUCUGGUAAAAAAUACAAAAGAAUGGGAAUUUAAACAAAUAUUAUUAAAAAAUUAAAUCAUGACACUAAGUAUCUCUGCAUUUUAAGGAGAUUAUAUUAUUGAUAUUGAAAUUGUAUCAUGAUGAUGUCAGUUCUAAUAAUGAUUAUGUACUUGCAGAAUAUGAAAUUGUUGAAAGCA